AUACAUCCGAAACAUCCAGGCAUCCCACCGUCAUUAUUUAUUUCGGUCUCAUUUUCCUUCUCUACAGCAUUAAUACUCACGACCUCGGUCUAGUAGAAAUGCAUGCCGCUCCCUGAAAGUGCAUUCAGUCUUCGGCGGGGAUAUUGUGUAUAUCACCAAACCGAAAACUCUUCAGGUACCUCAUAGUACCUAGAGGAAACGAGGCGAUAUGGUAGCAUUACCAUUGUUCAAACUAGGCUCUUUAUUUCUAAGACAUAUUUCAAAAUAUGGCGCUAAUCGAAUCAAAGUGCAAGCCCAUGACCAUCCGGGAUUCCGACGUUUUGCUGCGAAAUAUGGCCAACACAUUCACCAAUUGAACAUGCGCCUUUCGGUAGCGCUUCUCCGAAACGUCGAGGCAGAGAUGAGAGCAAAGGAAAAGGCUGAAGCACCUACAGUAAAAACGAAAGAACAAAUAGAAAAGGAUGAGGGGAUCCGCGCUAAGCAUGGCACGACGAACCAAGAGACGCGUGCUAAAAAGACAAUACCUAUAAUAAGUGUUUGGAAGAGAAAAUUCAGACCUCUACCAGAAGCUAAGGCAGUUGAUUUAUUUGCGGACGUAAUCGGGGAUACCUUUAUCCUUUUCGUAGCAUCUGCUCUGAUCUUAUACGAAACCCUGAGAUCGUCAAGCAAACCAGACUCCAACCUUGAGAAGAUCAAAGAGCUCAAUGCUCGCUUCGAAGAACUUGAUAAGAGAGAAAAGGAACUCGAGGAGGCCGAAAAGCGGCAAGAGAACCGAAUGUUGAUACUUGAGCAAGCGUUACUGAAGGAGUUUAAAGAUCCGAAGACUCAAAAACCCAUACUGUCCAUAGCAUCACCAUCCACAUGAAAGUUAUAGGAAAAGCUCGUUGGACUUAUGCUGGCCUCAUAAUUAUGGUCGGCAUAUUCAUCCCAAAAAUUAUCACGACUGUAUAAAACCAUAGACACGUGGAGACGGCAUUGCGAAUCAAGGUCAGAAACUUGGACAUCGCCAUUUAAAAGCUGAUAGAGCACUAUAUAAUGAAAACCCACCUCCUACACAUUGUAUAUAUUACAGAGGUAUCCCGAUAAUAUCUCAAUAUAGAAAGAAAUCAGAAGCUCUCCGUUCAAUUAAUUACGGUUAGCUAACACUUCAUUCAGAACGAUUUUCAUACCAUCAAAGUGGAAUAGG